UCAAUAAAAAUCUAUACAUGUUAUAUUUGAAGAACGUUUGGAUCUAGUGUUAACGUUUUGGCAUACCGUGUGAUUGAUAGAGUUGGAAAUUAGGUUAAUUUUCGAGAUGUAUCUAAAUUUAAAAAGGCCAUAUCCCAGCGUCAGUUCAGACCAAGUGGUAGCGAAACGGUUAUGUGAGGAACAGAACGAGUUUAUUGCAAAGCUUGAGUUAUUGCUGAAGAAAUCAGAAAAUGAUGACGCAUUUGUUAUUCUUGAUAUAAAAAAGGAAACUGCGAACGAGCCAGGCAAAAACUAUCAGUCAAUAAUGACUCGAAUCGAAAUUACCGGAAAAUUGGGUGACCAAAGUUUGUACCAUAAGACAUUUAUCCGCAAGGUACCAGUGAUAAAUGAAACUUUAAAGGCAUCGAUUCGCAGCGAUGAUUUGUUCCGGACAGAGGCUUAUGUUUACGAGAAUGCGCUAAGUUUUUGGGGUGCCAUCGGCCCUAAGUGCAUAUUGGCAAGUCGCGAUGAGAUAAUCCUCGAGGAUUUGUGUGCGAGACAAUUUAAAGUCUGUGAAAUAGAAAGAUUCUUCGACCUCGACCAUUGCUUAGCUGUACUACAACUAUUAACAUCGAUGCAUGCAAAAUCUUUGAGUUUGAAGCUGGCAGAUCCGGAAUCUUUUAAAAGCUUGAUUGCACCGUUGACGGAGAGUAUAUCGCCCAAUGAUGAUAGUCUUUCGCUAGGUACUUCUUGCGAAAACGGAAUUGCAAUAGCGCUCCAAAUUUUGUUUUCGAUUAAUACGAACGACCCAAAAGUCGAACGUGCAAUCAACUUUUUGCUCUACUAUCAAAAUAACGUGGUUGCUACGAUGAAGAACCUUAUGAUACCUGAAGAUGGUAACGAUAAAUACUGGGUUAUCACUCAUGGAGAUCUUUGGAAGGAUAACAUGUUUCAUUAUGAUAAUGAUACUGGCCGAAUCUUUAGUAUCAAGAUGUUUGAUUUCCAGAUGACGAGGUACGCCUCUCCGGCGCUCGACUUUAUCUACUUCCUGUAUACAUCUAUUCGACCCGAGGAUAUCCGGGUCGACCUUGACAGUAUGAUAGCCGAAUAUGAGACUUUUUUCCUUCAUAGUCUUCGUUGCUAUAAUGUAUACGGGUAUGAUCUCGUGCCUUUUACACAACCUGGAUGGUUCGCCAAAGAACUUAAACAAUACGGUCUGCUUGGACUUUUCACCGCAUUUAAUACUAUUCAUACCGUUUUUAUAGAUAAGGAAUGGGCUCAGCUCUAUGAACAAUGCAAAAUUUCUGAAGUCUUCAUCCCGUCCGUUCUGACAGAUUUACCAGAAAAAAAUGAAAAGAUACUAUUUAUGAUCGAUCAUUUCAUUACGCAUUUCGCAAACAAUUCUUAAUGCAACAAAUUUCAAGAUAGUUCGAUUUUUAGAUCUAAGAUCUAAGUCCGCAAAAAUAUAUUGUACCAGCUCAAGCUUUUUAGCUUUAAACUUGUACAUUGAACUAUUAUGUAA